CCAGGUAGCGCGUAAAUUCCAUAAAAUCACGGUCACCGUAACAAACCCCGGAGAUGAGUGAAAAAAAGGCCAUUUUCUACUCAACAAACCAUAAAAUCCUAAACCCACGCAACAACUCCAUUCCCCUCACUCAGAUCACCCACACUCUUCUCCCCUCCAUCCAUGGAGAACUACUCCUACACCUCUUAUCCGGAGUCCGGCGACUCCUCGCCGCGUUCCCGUGAAAUCGAGUUCGAAAAUCCGCCGUGGGAGGAUCCGAAUCAGCCUCUUCCGCCUAAUUACAAGGUCAAAUUCAUGUGCAGUUACGGUGGCAAAAUCCACCCCCGCCCGCACGAUAACCAGCUCACAUACAUCGGCGGCGAGACAAAGAUCCUCUCCGUCGAGCGCAAUAUUAAGUAUCCGCAGAUUAUCUCUAAGCUCGCUUCGCUUUGUGAUUUUGAUACCGUGUCGUUUAAGUACCAGCUCCCUGGAGAAGAUCUGGACGCUCUGAUUUCCGUCACCACCGACGAUGAUCUGGAGCACAUGAUGCAUGAGUACGAUCGGCUCUAUAGGGCUUCGCCGAAGCCGGCUAGGCUCAGGCUGUUCAUCUUCCCGGCUAAUCCUCCUACGGUGAUAUCGCAGAGCCGGAGUUUUGGCUCUGAUGAUACGAAAUCUGAGAAGGAUAGGUUUGUGGAAGCGUUGAAUUCCGGCCCUGUUCAGACAAAUCCUGCGCCUUCGGCGGUGGUGCCGCAGCCAGGGAACGCGGAUUUUCUGUUUGGAUUAGAGAAAGGAGCGCCGGCACCGCCUCAAGUUAAGUUGAGGGAUCCGGGGAUGGAGACGGUGGUUAAGGAACCGGAGAUGCCGGCACCGUGUAUGGAUGAUAGGAUGAUCGGAUCCGAUCCGAUCCAGAAACAUAUCCAGGAUCUGCAGAGGUUGCAUCUGGAAGAGCAACAGAAUAUGUAUCGCCGGAGAAGCGAUGACAAUCUCUCUCAGCAAUACGCCGGCGGUGACUACUAUCUAUCGAAGAUGCCAGAGAAAAUGACCCCGGUCACUGUUCAGGGAACGUUGUCUCCCCAGGUAGGAUACUGGACCGAGAAACAAAUGCCAAGCGGAGUAUUACCGGCGAGUAGCCUGGGUACGGAACAACCUGUCUACAUGAUUCCUGCCACCGCGAGUGCAUACCACGCGCCUAUGGUGAGGCCAAUGGCCCAACCGACAGCUCAGGGCUACUACGCUGUCCAGAGGAUGCCACCGGAAGCUUACCGGGACCAGACGGUGUACAAUGUUAUGUCCAACGUCCCUCCCUCCGUGCCGACCGUGGCGACGGGACAGCCAACCCUACCACCUCAGGCGGCGCAGAAGGUGCCGGGGUACUCCGACGGUUACGGGAUGGUGAGGCCGCAAAAUACGGGCACAGUUGGGAUCGGGAUGACCACCGACGCGGGGGGCUACGCACAAAUGGCGUACGACGGUGGAGUUGGCAGACAGGUGUACUAUACGCCGGGAGGUAUGGUGGCGCAGUCUGCACCCCAACAACAGCAGCAGUAUCAGGCGACGUCAGCACCCCAACAACAGCAGUAUCAGGCGACGUCAGCACCCCAACAACAACAGCAGUAUCAGGCUGCAAAGCCGGCGGCAGCCGUUAACUCCGACAGCAGACCCCCCGCCAAUCUCAAUCAAGACGCCGGUAAGGUUGUUCCUAAAGCCACUCAGGCUUCCGUGUGAUUAACGACCCAGAUUAAACGGAAAAAAAUUGCCAUAAUCCCUAAUUAUAUCAGUGUAAUAAUGUUCUCUAGAUAUUAUCAUUAUCUUGUUUCAAGCAUCAUUAUCCUUGUGUUCUGUACAUUUAAGUGGAAAUCAAAUCAAAUUUCAUCUUUCCUCUUUCA